AUGAUGAUAAUGAUGACAUUGAAGAAAUACGCUCGCCUCCUCAUCCAAUGGGAAGGGACACAACAAAAGCUAGAGCAAAAGGGGAAAGCGACUUCUUCAAAUUCUUCAGUCGGAACCGAGUGUUCAAUCAGAUCAGAAGCAAUGAUGACACAGUUGAAUUCAACUUUGGAGAGACAUAUGGCUGAAACUGUCCGAUUUACCGAGUAUACAUUGUUAAUGCAAGACGUGAGACACCUCGACCACAAAGAUCAAGAAGCGGCAAGAAUUAUGAAAGCAUCGAUUCGGGAAAAAUAUAAUCUGAAAUGUUUUUAA